UCAUGUAAAGUUCAUCAUUAUAUAUAUAAAGAUCGUAACGUAAAAUCAAAAUAAACUUCAAUGUAACCUUAUACAUUUUAUACUAUACUUAAUCAUUCCAUGACCAGCGAAGGUGACACUUCUUUGUGUUCAGCGAUUCUACACUGAAUCUAAUUAUGUACAAAACUAAAACUUGAUCUUGAAUUCGUAUUUCUUUUCAUAUCCAAUCAAUGGCUUCUUUGCUCAGUAAAUAUUAAGUUCGAUAAAGGUUUUAGAGGACAAUUUUGUUUGCUUCCGAGAGACUUCCAUCAUCAAAAAAGUUCAUAUCUGUAAAGUUUCUGAGCGAGAUUUGUGAAAUUCCUUUUUAACAUUAUUGAUAUACACUGGAUUCAAGUUUUGAGAAAUGGAAAAUACAAGUUUUUCGCAAACUACCAUUUCCAUCGUUUCUAGGUUGGUAUUGACAACUCAAUCGCAAACAAUGAACAUAUCUUGUUCCUGGAAACUUCCAGCAGUAGAAUGGUUCAAAGUUCUAAUGUUAUCACUGGGAUUUAUCGGCAAUGGAUUAGCAUUUUGUGUCAUCUGUAAAAAUACAAAUCUGCAUAGCAAGAGUUUUGCCAUAAUUGCUGUUCUAGCGCUCUCUGAUGGUACCUAUUGUUUGGGAGGCGUGCUUUGGGGAUUGCUUUACUAUGCCUACAUGGAUCCAAGCAAUUUUCGUAAUCUUCAGAACUGUGUAGGAGAUUUCUCUUAUACAUACAUAAAAAACUUCAUAGCAUGUGUGAUGUCUGCUGCAUAUGUUGCCUCCGGUUUCUUUAUUGCGACCUUGUCUGUCUUUCGCUACAUGGUUAUCGCCCGUCCUUCGAAGUCCGACAGGAUCCUUAAAAAAGCCUCAGUCAUUUUUACGAUUAUCACAGUGUAUAUCCUCUCCAUUGUAAUUGCAGCCGUAAAGACGUUUUAUUCCGAUAAACAUAAGAAGAAAAUCAACAAAAUUCUAGAUUUUGUUCUUUCCUACCUGAUACCACUUAUGAUAAUGAUCGUAUUCCAUGUAAUAAAAAUUUCCAUUGUCAAAAGCGAGAAAACUGGCCGUUUGAACCCUUCGCUUAGAAAACUGGACCAGAUUUGCCUGGCAAUUAUUUUAACAUUUUUCAUCCUUCCCCUUCCAUGGCAUUUGUUGGCACUGCUUUACGAGUUUGGUGUAAUUGAUCCAGCUUACAUGGCAGUUACUAUAAGUGCUUUUUUGUUGCAGUUAAACAACUGCAUUAAUCCUAUAUUUUACGUUUUCUUGUCACGGCGUGUACGGCAGACCAUUUCUAGUUGUUUUUGUAGAAAAGAAAGUGCGGCCUCCCAAACAGGGCCAACAGAACUGAGCUCACUAUGACAUUGAA